AUGAACCAGCGGCGACAGAAGAGUGGUCGAAAAAGAAAACAUGAUGAACAGUUCGCCCACAACGUGACACAUGUGCAUUGUUAUACUUUACGUCUAUGUUCCCAAAGUGUUCAAAACGUUGCAAUCCACCACCCCGCCCACCCCCCAUGUACCGCACAGGGCGUUGGACAGUUGUUCCCAUGGAACGUUUUCAUCAAUGCGGAGGACUACUUUCGCAGACGUCUCUGCGGCUCCUCGUUCGAGAAUAACUUCGAGAAUUUCUUUUCCGUCGGAUAUAACCUCGCUGCCAUCUUGGGCCUGCUGCUCGCUCUAAGGUAUCAAGAGCAGUGGGACCUUACGGGCCGCAUCAUGGGAUCCCUGACAGUAUCUUUGGGAACGUUUGUUGCGUGCGGCAUCUUUGUGUUGGCGGAAGGGGUCAACAGCACGCUCCUGUUUUUCUGCACGAUGGGCCUCAUCAUUUUGUCUGGCCUGUGUACUGCCGUCUUGCAGGGCGGUCUUUUCGCGAUGGCGAGCGCUUUCCCGCCGCGGUACACCCAGGCAAUGAUGGCUGGUCAAGGUCUGGCAGGUCUUGCAGUAGCUCUGGCUGGACUGUUCACCACAUUGGCCGGCCCUGAUGAUGACUCGUGCAUUGUAGACCAUUACGACACAAUCGCUACUGUCCGUGACGGCGGUGCUACCGGCGGCAGUGCUGACGUUUUGACAGAGCGCCACCUGGCGCGACAGGAGACAUCUGAAAGAGCAUCGGAUGUGGACCCAUUGUUGGGGUCUUCCUGUGCAGCAUACGCGAGGGACUGGAGCACCUUUGUUUACUUUGGCAUCGCCGUUAUGGUGCUUUUGGGGUGUAUUUUGACCUACCCCCUGCUAAGGCGUCUACCAUUUGCGUCUUUUUACAUCAACACGGUCGUCGGCCUCGGCGACGGUUGCGACGAAUGCGGCGUUUCUGUGGGGCGCGUCCGCGAAGGGAAUGCGGACGGGGAAGGUGCCGACGAUGACGGGUGGCUUGGCGUAAGGCGUGCAGCCGUAACUUCUACGACCACCAGCCCGACCGGAUCUUCCAUGUAUAGACGCCUAGUCGACAAACCGUUGUCGGACUGCACCAUGCAUGAUGCCGGCGGAGAAAGAGACGAAGCGCAGAAGAGAGAAUCUGCAACAAUCGUAAAUAGUGGCAGCUAUGUUGGAAGCGAUACUCCAGUGGACGGGCUCCGGUCCAGGCUCGCGCCAAUCUCGUCGUACGCGUUCGCAGUGUUUCUAGUCUUCACGGUGACGCUGUCUAUUUUCCCGGGUGCCACGUCGGAUAUAGUGUCCUCCCGGCGGUGCGAAUCAGGACGGUCGCGCUUCUUCGCGGGGGACGUGUUCGUCUUGUUCUCGUUCGUUUCUUUUAAUGCAUUCGACCUGCUGGGUAGGUUAGUGGCCGGCCUCGCGGUUGCCUUGCCGUACGCCUGGCUGCCGACCGCCUCUGUCUCGCGGCUUGUGUUCGUUCCGCUCAUGCUGGCUUGUAGAUCGAAGCACUCUCGGUUUCGCGACUGGCUCUCGGCUGACGUGUUCCCGUUGACCCUCAUGCCUCUCUUCGCCUUCACGAACGGGUACGUGGGGAGCCUGAGUAUGAUGGCCGGUUCACAACUAGGGGCGUGGGCGGGAACCGCCAUGGUGCUGUUUCUCAGCGGAGGGCUGUUGGCUGGGUCCCUGUUGUCUUUCUUGGUGUUGUUUGCAAGCACAGAGUAGUCACGAGUACAAAAGGCUAUCAUAGACCAAUAGCGAAAAGGUUGCAGCUGGUGAGCGUUUAUCGCGUUCUGUAAAUUUUGUUCUGUAAAUUCGCACACCUAGCAUUCAUUCCAACAAUCGGAGUACAGCAAGUUACUCGCGUUACAUUGGACGCUCUUUUCGAGAGGAAGCUCAAAACCUUCUCGUGCCGCUACUAUUUGAGCACACGCUAUAUUCUAGUGAGCCUCAAAUCGAAUAGCGUACAUUCUGACAAGCGGGGCGCUGUGUGGCAUAACCGGAUGCAAGACAGCAACCACAGCGGUGGCGAGGUGGACGCUGGAGUCUUGGGCGCCCACCGC